AUGGAGAAUGAUGGCAAAGAGUCGUAUAAAGAUGGUGAUCAAUCUGAGGAUUUAAGUGUUGAGUAUGAGUACAGUUCUGAUGAAAGUGAUGAUAUGGUGGAUGUAACUGUAGAUGAAGCAGAGGCAGAUAUAAUUAAUGCUGAUGGUUUUAAAAAGUUGAUAACUGAUUUGACCAUCGAAGACAUAUGGGGACUGGUGUUUGAUACAGAAUCUCAAGUUUGUGAAUUUUACGCCAAAUAUGCCAAGUGCUAUGGAUUUGUGUCCCGAAAAGAUUUGAAGACAGUGGAUACUAAUGACAACAUUAAUACAAGACAGUUGGUUUGCAAUAAAGCAGGAGAAAGAUAUUGGAAGCACCUUAAAGGGACAAUCGGCAAAAGGAGCAUAGGGCAAUUACUCGUGUCAACUGUAGGGAGAGGAUUCGGUUCAUUCGUCACUAUAGAACGGGCCGAUAAAACACAAUCAGACAGCUUGCGAGCAUGUGGUGUUAAAACUUGCCACAUAAUGGGUUACAUGGUUUCCCAAAAAGGUGGAUACGAUAAAGUGGGUUUUACUAGCAAAGACUUACAUAACCACAUUAGUAAGACUAGGCGUGGCAAAGUGAAAGACGGUGAUGCAUUUGCUGCGUUGGCCUAUCUGUUGUCCAAGGCAAACAGUGACCCGUUAUUUCUAGGAAAGUUCACCUUAAAGGAUGGUAGGUUGGAUAUUUUGGUGUGGGCUGAUGGAGCAAGCGUUGUUGAUUACGAAUGUUUUGGCAAUAUACUCGCUUUUGACACCACUUACAAGAAAAAUGUCUACAACAAGCUCUUAGUCAUAUUUUCAGGGACCAACCACCAUGGGCAAACAACUAUCUUUGAAUGCGCCCUGCUCUCAGAUGAAAGGUCUGAAACUUUCAAGUAG